AUGUCUAGCAUAUCACCAGACAUCAUAUCUCACCGGUUAAGCAUUAAUCCCGCCAUCAGACCUGUUCGGCAGAAGCGUCAUGCUUAUGACCCAGAGAGGUACGAGGCUAUGAAGGCGAAGGUGGAUAAGCUGAGCAGUAUUGGAUUCAUCAAGGAGGUGGACUAUCCCACCUGGCUAGCCAAUAUGGUGAUGGUACGUAAACCAAAGAAAGGUUGGCGCAUGUGUGUAGACUAUACCAACCUUAAUCGGGCUAGCCCAAAGGAUAGCUUCUCUUUACCACGAAUCAACCAGUUUGUUGAUGCCACAGCUGGCCACGCCCUCCUUAGCUUCAUUGAUGCUUAUUCGGGAUACAACCAGAUCUUUAUGCACCCUGAUGACCAGACCCAUACAUCCUUCAUCACUGACCGUGGCCUCUACUACUACAAGGUUAUGCCCUUCGGUCUCAAGAACGCUGGGGCUACUUAUCAGCUUCUUGUGAACAGCAUAUUUGUCCCACUGCUUGGCAACACCAUGGAGGUGUAUGUCGAUGACAUGCUCGUCAAAAGUCACACUGCUGACCAGUACAUCUCCAACCUAUCUGCCAUGUUCACCAUCCUGAAGCAGUAUAAAAUGAGGCUCAACCCCACAAAGUGUGCCUUCGGCGUAGCUUCGGGAAAAUUCCUUGGCUUCAUGAUCAGCCAGCAAGGUAUUGAAGCUAACCCAGAAAAGAUUCAGGUCAUUUUAGACAUGACGAUACCCAAGACAGUCAAGGAAAUCUAG